AUGCAGUGCGACCUACAGAAGUAUCAUUUUUAUGUGUACUUAGCUGCUCUAAGGCUACUAUUAUCUGAAUCAUUGGUUCUGUCUGCUUCUUGCAGAAUCACUUUUGAAAACCCAAUAGUGCUUUAUCAUUCUAAAUGUGAUCAGAGAAAGCUAUCUUUUGAUAAGCUUUUUGAGAAUCUUCUCUUUCAGAUCUCUGAAAAUAAUCUGUUUAUCAUUCAAUUAAAAUCUAGAGAACUAAAACAGCUGAAACACUCUAGUAAAAACAGGAAGCAAGUUCAGUUGGCAAUGAAUAAAAAUUCAAAUUUUAUGGAAGCCAAUCAGAUUAACAAAUUUGAAAACAAUCAUCUUUUUCCCAUAGUGAUAUAUCUCAUUUCAAAGUAUUUGGCUAUAAAAUCAAUUACAGUCAAAGCUCAAUAUAGUGAUAUGGAUAGUGAACAGAAAUUUUAUUACUAUCACUAUAUCAAGCAUGAUUUUUUCUUACUCCGCGCAUUAUUUAGUGAUAUUUCUAAUGCCACUGUGAUAUUGACUACUGCUGUAGUUGAGAGUUUAUCAUGUACAGUAGUGAUUGUAUUCUGUAUGAUAAUAUCAUCAUAA